AUGGAGGCCCUCGGCUUUAAUAUCGCCACCGGUUUCCUUGAAGGUGUAGUUAGGGGAUACAAAGGAGCGCUCCUGACUCAGGCCAAUUAUCAUAAUCUGACCCAAUGCGAGAAUCUCGAGGACUUCCGACUUCAACUUUCUUCAACGGACUAUGGCAAUUUCCUAGCCAACGAACCCCUCCCCUUAUCCACAUCGACCAUCGCUGACAAAGCUACCGACAAGCUCGUAGCUGAAUUCAACUACCUACGUACCAACGCUGUCGAACCUCUAUCGACAUUCAUGGAUUACAUAACAUACGCUUAUAUGAUCGAUAAUGUCAUCUUGUUAACUCUCGGUACCUUACAUGAGAGAGAUACGCACGAGCUGUUGGAGAGAUGUCAUCCGUUAGGUGUAUUCGAUACGAUGCCUGCGUUGUGUGUAGCUACGAAUGUUGAGGAAUUGUAUCACAGUGUAUUGGUCGAAACGCCAUUGGCUCCCUACUUCAGAGAUUGUCUCUCUGCUCAGGAUCUUGACGAUCUGAAUAUCGAGAUCAUCCGAAACUCGUUAUACAAAGCCUAUCUGGAAGACUUCCAUAAAUUCUGUCAAACGCUUCCUUCACCCACUUCGGAAAUCAUGACCAAGAUUUUAUCUUUCGAAGCGGAUCGAAGAACCUUGAACAUCACUAUCAACUCGUUCGGUACUGAACUCACCAAAGAGCAACGAGCUAGAUUAUUCCCUACGAUCGGUCGAUUAUACCCUGAGGGAAACAAUGCUUUGGCUAGAGCAGAGGAUAUCGAUUCGGUCAUAGCUGCUAUAGAUCAUAUUUCAGAAUAUAAAUCAUUCUUCGAUAAAUCAAAUACCACUGGUAAUACCGGUGCGGCGGGUGAAGGAGGCGAUGAAGGUGGAUCGAGUUUGGAAGAUGAAUUUUUCAAAUACGAUGUUGAGUUAAACAAACAAUCUUUCUUACAACAAUUCCAAUUCGCAGUAUUUUACAGUUUCAUCAAGUUGAAAGAACAAGAAGUAAGGAAUUUAACUUGGAUAGCGGAAUGUAUUGCCCAAGAUGCCAAGGAUAGAGUCAAUGAUUAUAUACCCGUUUUCUAA